AUGCCUCACACGCCUCACUCCACACGCCUCACUCCACACGCCUCACUCCACACGCCUCACUCCACACGCUUCACUCCACACGCCUCACUCCACACGCCUCCCUUCACACGCCUCACUUCACACGCCUCACUCCACACGCCUCACUCCACACGCCUCACUCCACACGCUUCACUCCACACGCCUCACACGCCUCACUUCACAUGCCUCACUCCACACGCCUCACUCCACAUGCCUCACUCCACACGCCUCACUCCACACGCCUCCCUCAGCACGCUUCACUCCACACGCCUCACUCCACACGCCUCACUCCACACGCCUCACUCCACACGCCUCACUCCACACGCCUCCCUCCACACGCUUCACUCCACACGCCUCACUCCGCCGCAUUCACAUGUUGGAUGUCUGUGA